UUGAAGCCGUGACAUAUAUUUCGGUAUAUUCCUGAGGGUCAGACCGUAUAUUUGAUCGAUCCGCGGUCACACUGCCUGUCACAUAAUAACUGUUCCCGCACUUGCUUGCGUUUUUUAAUUUGUUUGAUUCUCGAGUUGGUUGAAAAUGAUAGCUCACGCUGUACGAGGGCGGCACCUAAUGCGGGCCCUGUCCACGACAAUUGCAUGGACCCGCCCGGGACAAAGUGCCUUGACUAGGCACUUUAGCGAGAAGGUUUCGCGCCUGCAGAGAUUCAAUGGCGCGACAAUGGUUAUGGCUCAGCGCUUCUACAGUCGCAAACGCGAUUAUCCCGAUUACAAGAAAGCUCAAGCGGUAACAGAAUUGCUGUCCGACCAAAAAUCUAACUUGCCUGCCACAGUAACCGUGCCCGACGUAUGGCCACAUGUUCCGCUGCUUGCCAUGCGUAAGAAUCCCUUGUUUCCGCGAUUCAUGAAGAUGAUGGAGGUGUCCAACCCAAUUGUUAUAAAUCUGCUGCGUCGCAAAGUUAGCCUUCAUCAGCCCUACGUUGGGGUUUUCCUCAAGAAAGUCGACGGGGAAGAGGAGGUCGUCCAGAGUCUGGAUGAAGUCUAUCACCUGGGCACUUUUGCACAGAUCCAAGAGGUUCAGGAUUUGGGCGACAAGAUGCGCAUGGUGGUGGUGGCCCAUCGUCGCAUACGCAUCACAGGACAGGUGAUCGAGGAUCUACCACCUCCAAAAAAGCCAGUGAAAACGACAACCAUCGACGAAUCAUCGACAUCGACAAGGCCACUGUCGUCAAGAGAACGCCGCAAAGCACGACGCGCGAUUUGGCAGAAAUUACAAGAGUCUGCAGCUUCCGCUGACGCUGACAGUGAAUUUGAUUUGGAAGAGCAUUCGCAUAUUUCAGAAAAAUUUAAAGCUGCAUCCAAAGCCGCAAUCGAAGCGGAAGAGAGUACAUCAGCUAUCCCCGUUGCAGAGUCUGCUGCACCAGCUGCAUCACCGCCCGUGCUCAUUGUAGAGGUUGAGAAUGUGAAGCUACCAGUUUACAAACAAACCCCAGUGGUCAAGGCGCUAACACAAGAGAUUAUCAAGACUCUACGCGACAUUAUCACCAUGAGUCCCCUGUAUAGGGAGAGUCUCCAUCAAAUGCUGCAUCAGAAUCAACGAGUUGUGGACAACCCCAUCUACCUAUGCGACUUGGGUGCCUCCCUGUCGACCGGAGACCCAGAGGAGCUGCAAAAUAUCCUGGAGGAAGAAGAUAUCCCAAAACGUCUGCAGCUGUCCCUCACAUUACUCAAAAAAGAGCAGGAGCUAUCGAGACUGCAGGCGAAAAUAGGACGCGAGGUAGAGGAAAAAGUCAAGCAGCAGCACCGAAAAUACAUACUGCACGAACAGUUGAAGGUUAUCAAAAAGGAGCUGGGCAUUGAAAAAGACGACAAGGAUGCCAUCGGUGAUAAUUAUAUGGAAAAGCUCCAGGACAAAAUCGUUCCAGAAAAUAUUAAGCAGGUCAUCGCCGAGGAACUGACCAAACUGAACUUCCUGGAGAGUCAUAGCGCUGAAUUUAAUGUAACCCGCAACUACCUCGACUGGCUCACCUCGCUACCCUGGGGCGUCAUGAGCACUGAGAAUCUCUGCUUGGACAAAGCCAACGAGAUCCUAAACCAUGAUCACUACGGCAUGGAGGAUAUCAAGAAGCGCAUCCUAGAGUUUAUCGCCGUCAGUGCUCUGAAUGGCACCACGCAGGGCAAGAUCUUGUGCUUCCAUGGACCGCCUGGUGUAGGCAAGACGAGCAUAGCCAAGUCCAUUGCUCGGGCCCUGAAUCGCGAGUACUUCCGCUUUAGUGUGGGCGGCAUGACGGAUGUGGCUGAGAUCAAGGGACAUCGUCGCACCUACGUGGGCGCAAUGCCCGGCAAGCUGAUACAGUGCUUGAAAAAAACCAAGACUGAGAAUCCUCUAGUGCUCAUUGAUGAGGUGGACAAGAUUGGCAAGGGCUAUCAGGGAGAUCCCAGCUCGGCGCUGUUAGAGCUACUCGAUCCCGAGCAGAAUGCCAAUUUCCUGGACCACUAUCUGGACGUACCAAUCGAUCUGUCUCGUGUGCUAUUCAUUUGCACGGCCAACGUGAUUGAUACCAUACCAGAGCCGCUGAGAGAUCGCAUGGAGCUGAUUCAGAUGUCCGGCUAUGUGGCCGAGGAGAAGGUGGCCAUUGCCCGCCAGUAUCUAAUACCGAAGUCGAUGAACGACUGUGGCCUGACCGACGAGCAUAUCAGCAUAACCGAGAAAGCCCUGAAUAUGCUGAUACGCAACUAUUGCCGCGAGUCCGGAGUGCGCAACUUGCAGAAACAGAUCGAGAAGGUUAUGCGCAAGGUGGCCUUCCUUUUGGUCAAGAAAGAGGGCACCAGCUUCGCAGUGGAUGCCGAAAAUCUGACCACAUUCCUGGGCAAGCAGAUCUUUACCUCGGAUCGCAUGUACGAGACGACGCCGCCGGGCGUGGUCAUGGGCCUGGCCUGGACGGCCAUGGGUGGCUCAUCGCUGUACAUUGAGACAUCGCAACGGAACAGAUAUAAAAGCCUGGGCCCCAAAUCAGAAGACAGUGGUGUAAGUGGAGAUGGCACUUUGUAUAUCACCGGAAACCUUGGAGAUGUGAUGAAGGAAUCGGCCCAAAUAGCCCUGAGCGUGGCGCGAAACUUUAUUCACAUUCGAGAUCCUGGCAAUCAGUACCUAGAACUUGCAAACAUCCACCUUCAUGUUCCUGAGGGGGCCGUACCAAAGGAUGGACCCAGUGCUGGCGUCACCAUAAUCACCGCCCUAAUUUCGUUGGCCACCAAAAAGCCUGUGCGUAAUGAUAUGGCUAUGACAGGCGAGAUAUCGCUCAAGGGCAAAGUUCUGCCCGUAGGAGGCAUCAAGGAGAAGGCCAUAGCCGCACGUCGCAGUGGCGUCCACUGUCUCAUCCUGCCCGCGGACAACAAGAAGGACUUCGAGGAAUUGCCCAAGUUCAUAACCGAAGGCCUGGAUGUUCACUUUGCAGCCAACUACGAGGAUGUCUACAAAAUUGCAUUUUCCGAACCCACCAAAAACGAGGCCGAGGCCCAAGUAUUGCCAGCGUCGGAUCAGGAGCCCCUCGAGGUGUCCAGCGUAGACUGCGCGGCCGGCGCAAUGCCAUUCAGGCCUUAAUCCUAGUCUUAGCUUAAGGGUUGGGGGUUGCAUCGAUGUAUUCACAUCGGUAUCAUUUUAAUUAGUUUAUUUAGACAAUACAAAAGCAUUUGCUAAACCUAAGCUAAUGUACAUAAAUCGAUAUCAGUAUUA